AUGGCUAUGUCUAACACUUUGGUUCCUUUGACCUUUUUCAUGAUGCUCCUUGUACAGACCAUGGCUGACAUUGACCCAAACUGGUACGAUGCUCAUGCAACCUUCUACGGUGAUGCAGCGGGUGGUGAAACCAUGCAGGGAGCUUGUGGUUAUGGUGAUCUCUUCAAACAAGGGUAUGGGCUUGCAACUACGGCGUUAAGCACUGCUCUAUUCAAUAAUGGAUUUACUUGUGGUGCAUGUUUUCAGAUAACUUGUGUCGACGAUCCUCAAUGGUGCAUAAAGGGUGCAAGCCCUAUCACGAUAACCGCAACAAAUUUUUGUCCUCCAGAUUACAGCAAGACCACUGACGUUUGGUGCAACCCUCCGCAAAAACACUUUGAUUUGAGUUAUAAAAUGUUCACCUCUAUUGCCUAUUACAAAGCAGGUAUCGUCCCGGUUAAAUAUCGACGUGUUCCAUGCAUCAAAAGUGGGGGUGUUAGGUUUGAAAUCAAAGGAAACCCUAACUUUUUGCUUGUUUUGGUGUUCAAUGUUGCCAAUGCGGGAGAUGUUUCUAGUGUUAGUAUCAAAGGGUCUAAUACCGGAUGGAUUCCCAUGUCACACAAUUGGGGGCAAAAUUGGAAUACUGGAAUGAAUUUGGUAGGACAAGCCUUAUCAUUCCAAGUUACUACAAGUGGCGGAAAAACUUUAGAGUUAGAUUCAGUUGCUCCUUCGAAUUGGCAAUUUGGGCAGACCUAUGAGGGUAAUGGAAAUUUUUAG